CUGCCCGGUUUAAAGAUGGCGGCCUCCGCUUUCCGUCAGCCCUCCCCUCUGCACCUGAGCGUCCUCCCGUACAGCGCCAGGCUCCGCCCCCUGCACGCACACCCAUCCGUCCAUGACGUGUCUUCUGGUUCCGGUGUCCCGGUUCCGGCUCGUCCGCCUCGGUGUCUCCUGAUGGCGGAGGUGCGCGCGGGUCCCGCCGCUUCCGGACCCGCUCCAGGUUCCGGUUCCGGUUCGGUGUCCCCGUCCCUGUCACCCCCUCUCCCAGCCGGUCCGAGUCCCGGUUCGGGAUCUAUCCCUCCGCUGCCGCCGGCCCCACCGCCACCUGGAACCGGCCCAGCUCCGCCCAGGGAGGGCUCCAGCAGCUCCUCGGGGUCCGCGUCCGGCUCAGCUCGGGAGGGCUGGCUCUUCAAAUGGACCAAUUACAUCAAGGGCUACCAGAGGCGCUGGUUCGUGCUGAGCAAUGGGCUGCUCUCAUACUACCGAUCGAAGGCGGAGAUGCGGCAUACCUGUCGCGGCACAAUUAACCUGGCUACUGCCAACAUCUCUGUAGAGGACUCCUGUAACUUCGUGAUUUCCAAUGGGGGAGCACAGACUUACCACCUAAAAGCCAGCUCGGAAGUGGAGCGUCAGCGCUGGAUCACGGCCCUAGAACUAGCCAAGGCUCGGGCUGUCAAAAUGCAGGCUGAGUCAGAUGACUCUGGCGAUGACGAUCCCACCUCUCAGACGGACAAGGCCGAGGUUCACAGCACACUGCGCGCGCUCUCAGGAAAGGUUGAAGACUUGGGCACAUGCAAUGAUCUCAUUGCAAAACAUGGCACUGCCUUGCAACGCUCUCUGAGUGAACUGGAGAGCCUGCGCCUCCCACAAGACAGCUCGGACAAAAUCAAGCAGGUCAACGAGAGAGCCACACUCUUCAGGAUCACCUCCAACGCCAUGAUCAAUGCCUGUCGAGACUUCAUGUCUCUCGCAGAGAGUCACAGUAAGCGCUGGCAGAGAGCUUUGCAGUACGAGAGAGACCAGCGGCUACGUCUUGAGGAAACUCUGGAACAGUUGGCAAAACAGCACAACCACCUGGAACGGGCGUUCCGCGGGGCCACGGUGCUGCCAGCUGAAAGUCAUGGGCGGAUCACUAAAGACCCCUGCGGGACAGCGAAAGGAGACCUCAGCGAUGAGGAUGAUGAGAAUGAAUUCUUCGAUGCUCCUGAAAUCAUAAGCAGCCCUUCCCAGGAUGGCCUGGGGCACAAGCGAUCUGGAAGCAACAUCAGUGCUGCAAGCUGUGACACCAUGGAGGAGCAGGUGCGCCCACAUUCAGAGGACACAAGGAAAGAGAGACGCACAAGGAUCCCAUAUAAACCCAACUACAGCCUUAACCUUUGGAGUGUUAUGAAGAAUUGCAUUGGGAAAGAGUUGAGCAAGAUCCCAAUGCCUGUGAACUUCAACGAGCCGCUCUCAAUGCUUCAGCGUCUGACCGAGGACCUGGAAUACUACACCCUGCUGGACCGGGGGGCUCAAUGCGAGAGCGCUCUUGAACAACUGUGUCUAGUGGCUGCUUUUACAGUAUCUUCAUACUCCACCACAGUCUUCCGGGCCAGCAAACCCUUCAACCCGCUGCUGGGAGAGACCUUUGAGCUGGAUCGAAUGGAGGAUUGUGGUUAUCGCUCGCUGUGUGAGCAGGUCAGCCAUCACCCCCCUGCAGCAGCCCACCAUGCUGAAUCCCGAAAUGGUUGGACCUUGCGGCAGGAGAUUAAGAUCACUAGCAAGUUCAGGGGGAAAUAUCUGUCCAUCAUGCCCCUCGGUACCAUACACUGUAUAUAUCAGAACUCUGGAAACCAUUACACAUGGAAGAAAGUGACCACAACCGUUCACAACAUCAUUGUAGGAAAAUUAUGGGUUGACCAGUCAGGAGAGAUAGAAAUCCUCAACCACAAGACCGGAGAUAAGUGUAAACUGAAGUUUGCCCCUUACAGCUACUUCUCUCGGGACGUCGCCCGCAAGGUGACUGGUGAGGUGAUAGAUGCAAGUGGCCGCUUACACUACACUUUGAUGGGGACAUGGGAUGAGCGGAUGGAGUGUGCUCCUUUGCCCCCGUCUGGUAUUGGCUUUGAGAACGGUGGAGAUAGGGCCCCAGAGAGCAAGACUCUGCUGUGGAGGAGAAACCCCCUGCCGAAAAAUGCAGAGUACAUGUAUUACUUCUCUGAUCUGGCACUGACGCUGAACGCUCCUGAGGAGGGGGUUGCCCCUACAGACAGCCGCAUGCGGCCUGACCAGAGGUUGAUGGAAAAUGGCAGCUGGGAUGAAGCGAACAAUGAGAAACAGAGACUCGAAGAAAAGCAGAGGAUUGCAAGGCGGAGGAGAGAAGCCGAGCGAGAGAGAGCAGGGGAAGAUGAUUCUCCGGUGGAUUCAUACAAACCUUUGUGGUUCGAGCGUAAGAUGGAUUCUGUGAGCAAAGAAAUCACGCACCUUUACCGUGGCACUUACUGGGAAGCUAAGGAGCAGCAGGACUGGGGGUCCUGUCCUGAUAUUUUUUGAGGAAGAAGGGGGUGUGGCAACAUCUCAGUCCCCUCUUUGUCCUCUUCCACCCCAUACUUUCUCUGUCCCCUGUCCUUUACCUUCGGCGAUGCCUUACUGACCCUAGUUCUUCCCCCACCCUGGACAGAGCAGUGCUCUGCAGAUCUUUCCCAGUGAUCUAAUAAGAUGGUGCUCUGUUUUUGUUGUGUAAUCGAUUGGGUCCUUGCAGGGUCUGUAACGUAAGCAGCAGUGCUUAUGCCAUUACUGAUAUGCUUUGCUCAAAAAGGCGCUUAUACAUUACAGAGGUGGCAUAAGCCCCUGUACACAUACAGCGACCAGUAAGAGAGUGGUUUCAGCGGGCGCUGGUAUGCAGAACACGUUUCUUUAUUUGGCUGUUUGUCAGUCUGCAGAGCAUUGGUCCUUUAGAACACUCUCACCAGGUCUCCGAACCAUCUCACAGCCCCCACCUUGAGCACUAGGGUGGGUGGGGGUGCCGUCUGCCUUAUGUUUUGAGUUCAUCUCUUUGAUUUUUGGGUUUGUUGUGUGAAUACAUUUUUCCUGUUUGUUCUGUUUGUUUCUUUCUCCCCCCCCCCCCCCCCUUUUUUUGUUUGUAGGAUAGGGGAAGAGGAAGUACCGGGAGGGAGGGUUCAAUUUUGUCAGACCUCUGGUAUAAUUUUUGGGUGUACAAUUGAGGGUUUGCUCUGUCAGUACUGCCCCGUAUAUAUAAAUAUAUAUAUAUAUGUAUAUUUUUCAUUUCUCUCCCAUCACUCUACCUCUCACUGUGCGUCUUUCACCUUUUUUCUCUCGCUUUUACUCUGUUUCUGUGCAAAUACUAAAUUAAAUAAAGAUCAGAUGACACUU